CUAUAUGACAAGGUAAUAAAAACAAAAAUUAAAAAAGCCACAGGUAUUCUAGAAUCCGACCAAACCGCCCAUAUUUUCACACUAACCAAAAUAAGCUAGCGGCAAAUGAUCCAGCCUGACUCAGCAAAAUUAGGUUUGCGCAAAUGAAUAUCCAGAACAAUCCAAAGCUCGUCCCGGCCCCAAAAAACACCGCAAUCAAUCUCCCUCCAGCUCGCAUACUCCCGUCAUUCAAAUCGCGUGACGUUCUCAGUCGCUCGUUUCCAUUCAGUUCACUAUCUCUAAAGACAAAAGUCGACUCAUACCCACCAAACAUGUCUCGCGAAGCUUAUCAGGUUCCUUCCUCUCUGGGCGGACAGAAUACCUUUGGCGACGCCGGUGCUAGCUCUCUGGACGGCCCUAUGGUUGCCUAUCUCUGCGGCGAGUGCAACGCUCGUGUGUCUCUGAAGAGGGGUGACCAGAUCCGCUGCAAGGAGUGUGGCCAUCGUGUGUUGUACAAGGAGCGGACGAAGAGGUGGGGUUUUCUUACUUUUUCUUCCUGUUUGCAGAGUUUUUCGUGGACAUGUUUACUUACUGGGUUUGGUUGUACAGGAUGGUUCAGUUCGAAGCUCGGUGAGGUGGAAACAAACCGGUUGCGCGACGCUGGCUUUUACCUUUUACGAUCGUGAUAUGCAUUUUCAAAGGGCGCUCUGGAGUUUUGAUGGGACGAAAAGAUCGAAUAUGGCGAGGAUUUUAACGGGUCGAACGGCUAGCUUUGACCUGUGAAUCGGCGGAAGGGCCUUGCGUUGAAAGUUUC